CGUGUUUACGGUGUAUACUCGAAGAAACGUCAAAAAAACUUGCUUUCGUGAUUUCGGCGGUUGUUGUGAAAAAGAUUUUUUUUGUAGAAGAGUAUAAUCCAUACCCUUGAAACAGAAUACAAUGUUCGAAAAUCAGGCAAUUCAUACGGAGCACAAAGACGUAAUUCAUGAUGUAGCGUACGAUUACUACGGACAACGAAUGGCCACUUGCUCAAGUGAUCAGCACGUGAAGGUUUGGGAUCAAAACGAAAAUGGAGCGUGGAGUGUUACGGCCAGCUGGAAGGCACACCCAGGCUCUGUUUGGCGGCUUUCGUGGGCACAUCCCGAAUUCGGACAGGUUCUUGCUACAUGCUCAUUCGACAGAACCGUUUCCGUUUGGGAGGAAACCGUUGGUGAAAAAACAUCCCCGGCUAUGUCGCCCGUGAAACGCUGGGUUCGUCGUACGAACCUGGUUGAUUCGAGAACCAGCGUUACGGAUGUAAAAUUCGCACCGAAAUCACAAGGUCUAGUGUUAGCAACAUCUUCCGCCGAUGGUAUAAUUCGUCUAUACGAAGCACCGGAUAUAAUGAACCUGUCCCAGUGGACAUUGUCUCAUGAGAUCGCAGUGAAAAUUCCUUUGAGCUGUCUUUCCUGGAAUCAGUCCAUGUUCCGACUUCACGCCCCGAUGAUAGCGGCCGGCAGUGACGAUUCAUCACAAAGUUCGGGCGGAAAAGUGUUUAUUUUUGAGUACAGUGAAAACUCACGUCGUUGGACAAAAACGGAAACCAUCAAUUCCAUAACAGACCCGGUUCACGAUAUUGCUUUUGCACCGAACGUAGGAAGGAGCUACCAUAUCCUGGCAGUAGCCAGCAAGGAUGUUCAGAUUUUCAAUUUGAAACCAAUGCUAGAACCCACAUCAAAUUCACGUUUGGAUAUUCAGUCCGUAGCACAGUUUGGAGAUCAUUAUUGUACCGUUUGGCGCGUUACAUGGAACAUCACCGGUACAAUGCUAGCCUCAACCGGCGAUGAUGGUUGCGUUCGAAUGUGGAAAAUGAACUAUUUGAAGAACUGGCGUUGUGCAGCUGUCCUCAAGGCGGAAAACACACAAUCGGCUCAGGAAAAUUCAAUUGCACCAUCGUUAAAUAUUUGUAGCAGCAUUGUGAAUGCUACGGCGAAAUAUUACAAGCGUGGUACUAUCAGUCAUCCUAGCCAGGUUCCGCGCCACUAGAAAGGCGUUUUUGGUGUGCAUUUAUUUGGAAAUAAAAAUAUCAUUUUUACGUUA